UUACGCAGCAACCGAAACAACGAAAUGGCUUCGCUGUACGUUGGAGACCUGCAUACGGACGUGACCGAAGCUAUGCUGUUUGAAAUAUUCAGCACGGUCGGUGCUGUCCUGUCGAUCCGCGUGUGUCGCGACAGUAUCACUAGGAGAUCGUUGGGAUACGCCUACGUCAACUUUCAAAACAUGACGGACGCUGAGCGUGCUUUGGACACCAUGAACUUUGAUAUUCUUAAAGGACGUCCUAUGAGAAUUAUGUGGUCUCAAAGAGAUCCCUGUCUUAGAAAAUCUGGUGUAGGCAAUGUGUUCAUCAAAAACCUAGACAGGAGUAUUGAUAAUAAAGCCAUGUAUGACACAUUUUCUGCUUUUGGAAACAUAUUAAGUUGUAAGGUUGUUGACGAUGAGACUGGUCAAUCAAAAGGCUAUGGCUUUGUUCAUUUUGAAACGGAACAAUCUGCCACUCAAUCAAUUGAAAAAGUUAAUAGCAUCUUGCUCAAUGGAAAAAAAAUUUUUGUUGGUCGAUUUGUCGGCAGAAAAGAUCGUGAAAAGGAAUUGGGUCUAAAAGCUAGACUUUACACAAAUGUUUACAUUAAGAAUAUAGAUGAAAAUGUCAAUGACAAAGAAUUGUUUGAGAUGUUUGAAAAAUAUGGAUCGAUUACUAGCUUCAAGGUCAUGUUCAGAGACGAUGGAAGUUCUAGAGGUUUUGGAUUUGUUGCUUUUGAAAAUCCAGAAGAAGCUGAAAAAGCAGUAAAUGAAUUACAUGGCAAAAAAAGUCCAGAAGGAAAGACUUAUUAUGUAGGUCGUGCUCAAAAGAAAGCUGAACGCCAACAAGAAUUAAAACGCAAGUUCAAACAGUAUAACAUUGAACGUAUGAAUAGAUACCAAGGAGCUAAUUUGUAUGUGAAAAAUUUGGAUGACACAAUUGAUGAUGAACGUUUACGCAAAGAAUUUAGUGUCUUUGGAACUAUUAAAAGUGCUAAGGUGAUGCUGGAUGAUGGCUGUAGUAAAGGGUUUGGUUUUGUUUGUUUUUCAUCUCCAGAAGAAGCUACUAAAGCAGUAACAGAUAUGAAAGGUCGUAUUGUUGGUACUAAACCAUUAUAUGUUGCAUUAGCUCAACGCAAAGAAGAUCGAAAAGCCCAUUUAGACUCCCAAUAUUUACAACGCAAUACAAAUAUGAGAAUGCAAUCCAUUGACCCAAUGUUAUAUCAACCUGGUGCUUCAAGUGGUUACUUCGUACCUACUAUUCCUCAGCCACAGCAUUUCUAUGGACCUACUCAAAUGACUCAAAUUCGUCCACAACCAAGAUGGGCUUCCCAACCACAAGUUAGGAUUAGAACACCGCAAGCUGCUGCUGCCGGUUAUCCAAAUAUGGCCACACAUUAUCGAAACAUUGGAGCUCGAGCUCCUGUACCAGCUGGUCAACAAGCUGCAUUGGCUAAAAAUGCCAUAGUAUAUAGAAAUGCUAGACCCAUUAGCACAGCUCAACAACAAAUGCCAGGUCCUGUUGCUGCUGGAGGUGUAUGUGUUCCAGGAGCACAUAAUACAGGCUCUGGAUAUAAAUAUACCGCUAAUAUGCGUAAUCCUCCUGGUCAAGCUCAAGGCAUGAGACAAGCACAACCUGCAGGUCAACCUGCAUCAGUACAAGCAGCCGUAUAUGUACAUGGACAAGAACCACUUACGGCAACAAUGUUGGCCACCGCUAAGCCGGAAGAUCAAAAACAGAUGUUGGGAGAGAGGCUUUUCCCUCUCAUUCAGCGUAUGUAUCCGGAAUUCACUGGUAAGAUCACUGGUAAGAUCACUGGUAUGUUGUUGGAGAUGGACAAUUCAGAUUUGCUUUACAUGUUGGAACAUCAUGAAUCUUUGAAGAACAAAGUAGAAGAGGCUCUUGCAAAUCUUCAGGCCCACCAACCACAACAAACCCAAGUGAAGGAAGAAUAGUUGCUCCCAUCAUGACGUUUUCUUCAUUAUUAUAUUUAAUACAACUAUACAAAUAUUCAUUUAAGAAUUUUUUUUCAUUUAUAUCUAAUUAAUUUUUUUAUACGGCGGGAAAGUUAAAAACUUUGUAUAAGUAACAAAUUGAACGCAUAAAAAAAAUUUAAUUGAAAAAAACCAAUAACAAAAUGGGGGAAUUGAAAUAAUGUAAAAAAAAAUUAAAUAAUAAAUUGAACCAAUCUGAUAUAUAGUAUAUAUAGUGUAGUUUCAAUUUCAGUAGUAAUGUCACAACACUUAUGGAAAUUUUGUUUUUGAUAAAUUAUCAAA